AGAGAUCGUCACGUGGGAAGGAUUGGCUAAGUAUCGAUGAACUUGAAAAAGGAAUCGAUAAGAGGAAUCGUUUGGAAAUUGUCGAUCUUUGUGGGAGGAGGAUUAAAUAUCUAAGUAGUUAUUUCUCGUCGUUUAUUUUACGGUGAUUGAGAGAGUGAGAGAGAAUAGAAGAAGGAAGGCUGUUGCCGCAGGAGAUCCCUUACGGCUUCACAACGCGGUCCGACGAGUGGAGCGGUCUCCUGCCCAGCUCCACGAUCGUGGGUGCUGGGGGGUCGCCAUGGCUCGGCUUGGGUGCCGCCGGUGGCACCGGUGCCACCACCGGAGGCGGAAGUCCCGUCGAACUCGAGGGACACUGGGGACGGAAGCUCUACGGUGCGAGCGUUGCCCCACCACCCCCGCCACCUCAUCACCACCCACGCGCUCCUCUCGUUUUCGCGCCUCAGGACAUGAGGCAGAUACUCAAGGAGGAACCUGUGCCACGUGCCUGGCCUCAACCCGCCAUUGCCGAUAACGGAACGGUCGGCGUCGCGAAGGCGCAUUUCGAGAAACAACCACCGAGCAACCUGAGAAAGAGUAAUUUCUUUCAUUUCGUCAUAGCGCUUUACGAUCGACACGAUCAGCCGAUCGAGAUCGAAAGAACGUCGUUCAUGGGAUUCGUCGAGAAAGAUCAGGAAUCCGAGGGCCAAAAAACGAACAAUGGUAUCCAAUACAGUUUGCAUCUGCUUUAUUCGAACGGAGUGAGGCAGGUGCAAAACAUCUUCGUCAGGCUUAUCGACUCCGCGACUAAACAGGCGAUCAUGUACGAAGGACAAGACAAGAAUCCUGAAAUGUGUCGUGUCUUGCUGACGCACGAGGUAAUGUGCAGUCGGUGUUGCGACAAGAAGAGUUGCGGUAACAGAAACGAGACACCGAGCGAUCCAGUGAUCAUCGAUCGGUUCUUCCUCAAGUUCUUUCUCAAGUGCAACCAGAACUGCCUUAAGAAUGCCGGGAAUCCGCGUGACAUGAGACGAUUUCAGGUGAUCAUAUCGACGCAAGUCGGAGUGGAAGGUCCAUGGUUAGCGGUAUCCGAUAACAUGUUUGUCCACAACAAUAGUAAACACGGACGCAGAGCGAAACGAUUGGACCCCAGUGAUCCUGGCGAGUACAACAGUUUGUAUCAACCCAUACCACUUCAGACACCCUGCAUAAAGGCGAUAUCGCCGAACGAGGGUUGGACGACGGGAGGAUCAACCGUAAUAAUCAUAGGCGAGAACUUUUUUGACGGGCUUCAAGUCGUCUUCGGAUCUAUGUUGGUUUGGAGCGAGAUAAUUACUCCGAACGCGAUCAGGGUACAGACGCCCCAUAGAGAGAUACCGGGUGUUGUCGAAGUAACGCUUUCAUACAAAAGCAAACAAUUUUGUAAGGGCGCACCUGGCCGAUUCGUUUACGUCUCUUUAAACGAGCCAACGAUCGACUACGGUUUUCAAAGGUUACAAAAAUUAAUUCCACGACAUCCAGGCGACCCAGAAAAAUUGCCAAAAGAAAUAAUAUUGAAACGAGCAGCCGAUUUAGCGGAAGCACUGUACAGUAUGCCAAGGAGCGGAAACGCGGGUAUAGCGGGGGCGUCGAGGAGUCCAGGAGCGGGACACCCACCGGCGCCCCCGACUUCGAGUUCGGCGACAGCGUUCAACUCGUAUACAGGACAACUCGCCGUGACGGUGCAAGAGAACGGUAGUGCUACAAAGUGGACGGACGACGGUAGUUCCGUGACGACAGGAGCCGCGGCAGGUGGCGGAGGGGGCGGAGGGAGCGUAGGGGGCAGCGUAGGUGGUAGCGUCGGGGGUACGGCCGACGCUUACAGACAAAGCAGCAGCGCCAGUCCGCGAGGGGUUGUAACCGGUGGUGGUUAUUGCGGAAGUUCGGCUAGCACGCCGCAUAGCCACAGCACCAACGGCAGCUAUUCCGUUGCGAAUCCGUACACUGGAAGUCCGACUCUUUACACGUCGCCGCACGAACAAUACGGCAUUUUCUAUACGUCCGGGGACGGGAGUGCGUUCGCCCCUGUAGUACGACCACCGACCACCUCAGUCCCACCGCACUGGUCCACACAGCACCACCUCGCUACAGCCGCCCAGUAACCGCUAACCGUCCACCAUCACCACCACCACCAUCACCAUCACAACUACCCUACGCGCUGAGAUUAAAGAGUUAUCAGAGAGACAUGCACGAACGACGAGACUCGAGAAUGAUUAGGAGAGGUGGUCGGCUCGCCGUUCAACAUGAAUCCAUUUGUGUUGCCAACAUGCAGCCAGGGCUACUCGACCGCCGGCAGUCCGCUACUCUCGUCGAACGGCAAAUAGUGUUAUGAGAUGUAAGACUCCGAUGGAUGAAGGGGUUGGUGCCAUCAUGGGAAGAGGACUUUGCGUGCCGAGAGAUAAGGACGGAUCAAGCGCGAUGUCCCCUUUCCUAUUAACCUCCUCUAUUUCUAUUUCCUUUCUUCUCUCUUCUUCACUCGCUAUUUCUCUCUUUCUGUCUGUUUCUGUCUUUCUCUCUCUUUCUCUCUUUCUCUUUCUGUCUCUCUCUCUCUCUCUCUCUCUCUCUUUUUCUCCUAUUCUCUCACAAACUACUUCCUUCUCGAGUGGACAAAUAACGAUAAACCAGUCGCGUACGAUUUCCGUCGUAAGAGUCGAAGGAUCUCUCGACGACGCAAGGAAUUCUAUGAUCGAAAAGAUUCUCGAGUUAUUUUAUUUUCAUUUUUAUUUAUUUAUUUUCCUCUUCUCGUUCUAUUUUUUCUUUUUACGAUCGAAAUAUAAUUAAUGAUGAAUCAUACAUAUCGUACAACGAGAUAUGGUGUCACAACGAUGGAAUAGCAUCGAUGGAAGCAGACAUUUGAUUUUACUUUGAACACUUGACUUUAAUGAAGCGACUACCUUGCCACUCUUCGAUUUCUCGUUUCUUUCUCGAUAUAUUUAUACAGUCUGGCAUAGUGUCGCAAUCGACAACGAACGUUAAUCGAUCAAAAAAUUUGUUGCAUUCGCAUAUAGAUGAGAGAUAUCUGACGAUACACGUAUAUCUAUGAAUGCAAACGUUUAAGAGAAAAAUGUGACACCAUUAGAAGGACAUAUCGCUUAGCGGUGGAGCAAACAGACUCGAUAGUUUUUAGUGAGCAUUUUCGAAUUGAAAAAAAUUUGAUCCUCCUAGUACCCUAUCCCAUGAUCCUUUUCCUUCACUCCAAUCCUCAACCCCCAUCUCAUCUCUUCCUAUUACGCUCCAAACACCCACACACGCCUACGUUUUAAGAGACUAACCGACUUAUCUCGCCUAGAUAGAAUUGAUAUUUAACAUAUUGUAAUUUGUAAAUUAUCUGUAAAUAUUGUUGCGAUGUACAAAAAGACAAAACUAUUUGCGGGAGCUCGAACGAGCGAGACGAUUAUUAAAGUGCGAUCGUAGAGGAAAAGUUAUAUAGGAUUGUAAAUAGUAUAUCGUAGAAAGAAAAAAAAAAAAAGAAAAAAAAAAGGCCCGUAGCUUAUCCGUAUAAUUGUACUUACCAACGCCAUCCAAUUUUUUAACGAACCUUUCGGCGAUCGAACGCGAAAUUUGAUUUUCGCGUCUCGCUCUUCGAUCCUCGAACUCGAGCCAACUGAAUAAUUUCUUAUUACGAUCGUCUACGUUAUCUCGCUGUCUGUCCGUCUAAUCGAUCUAUUCAAAUUCGAUAAAGAGAAUAAAUAAAUAAAAAAAAUAAAGAAAUAAAGAAAUAAAGAAGUAAAAAAAGAAAAAAAGAAAAAAUAUUUAUCCGGCUGAGACACGAGAACGUUGGAAAGUUGGAUCGAGCGCGAUCUAUAAUCGAAGUAACAGUCGAUAUCGAAUUCGUUUGAUAAGCCACCCAAAUUACGGGAAUACUCACACGAAUCACGAAGAAAGUAUACGAAGCCAUUAUAAAUCAACGAGAAAUGAAACUUUCGAUUAGCCCAGAUUUACCAGCACACUUCAACGAGCAUGAUGAAGCAUCGUAUCGUUUGUCUGAACGAGGCGUCGCCGUUGGAAUUAUUAUUGUAAAAAGUUCCUUUUUUGCAUAUCGACUUUAUGGAGCUCGCAGUUUCCUACGGUCAAAAACCCAUGGAAACGCCUUAUAUCCUUAUCUGGGAAUAAACGGAACUCAGUCGUCUUGUGAUCUUAAUUAAUAAAAUAUCUAUAGUUCAGUUAUAUAAUUUUUAAUUCGAUCACGCACACAAUCACAUCUUAAGUAGGACGCGUCGUUCUUGUACGCAUGCGAAAAUGCGCGUGUAGACAUUCGAGCGUACGAGCACUCUCGUCGUUGUAUAUUAAAAUAAAUUAAACUUACAUUUUUGAGAAUUAAAAAGAUGGACCAUAUUGUAUUAGCGACGUCAUCAACCUAUCUUUUUCAUUCUUCUAUCAGAAAAAAGAGAGAUAGAAAAUCUCUCUUUCUCUCUCUUUCUCUU